CAAAAGCCAGCCUCACAUGAAAUAGCCGCACUUCGCGCGACUCAUUGGCCGCCGGUGCAAAACAGAGUCCACCCUUCAACUUAGCUUCCUCGUCGCAAAAUGGUUUGGCUAGCAUUGAGCGCAACGUGAUUGUAAAUAGCCGUGGUUUUCCUCUUAAUGAUAGGCUCAGCCAUCUUGUCUUGUAUGGUCGUGAGUGAUAGCCUCUGGAUUCCGUCGUUGUUUGGAUUUCAUAUGACAAGCUCUAGUGCAUCAUAACACACUGUUCGGUUUGUUGAACUAAAGAAAGACUUUCAAACAAGCCUACAAGCGACCUUGAAGGCCGUACUCCUCCGAAUGGCUUCCGAUGGAGAUAUAUUUUUCGAUUUUGACAAUGGCCUUCACAAGGUUGGAUUCUUCCUCCAGGAGACCCUCCAGAAAGAGCAAUUGAGCACCGUGGCCGAACUUCACCGGCAGGAAUGCAUCAGGUACCUAGAGGAGAUGUCUAAAACCUUAGAACUCAUUAAACAAAAUGAGGAGCUCACUAUCAAAGACGGCAAACUUAUGAACCUGGGCCUGUCUCAAUCAAGUCAAACACUGAAUGAGACAACUGAAGACUUCGUAGUGACGGACAUACCCCGAAGCGGUUCCCUUCCUAACAUCCCAAGCACUGGGGAAGGCGAUGCCGACACGUGGGGUAGCGGGAAGGCAAAGACUCUAAAGGACUUUGAGCCCGACAUAAACCUAAGUGCGAUGCGCGAGAUCGUCAUCUAUGAUCCAAUCGAAGAGGAGGAAGAAGAGGAAGACACUGGGGACGAGGAGGGGAUGGAGAAUGACUUCCUCAACGUGUCCAGCAGCUCGCGCGUGUCACUCAAGCGUAGCCGGAAGCGUGACAGCGCCGUCCUGUUCGACAUCUCGCUGGGGGACCUAGAAGGAGCAUCUGACAUGUCCGGAUACCUGACCGAGAAGCACAGCGGCAAGCAAUGGUGGUGCGUGCUCAUGGACCAGCAUUUGUGCCUCUUCCCCAACAGGGACCCGGAUGAGCUCGCGUACGAUGUCGUCAUCAUGCCGUGUUGUCAGAUCUCUUUGGACGAUCGACUCAUGCGCACUCCCGUCUUCAGGCUCUCGCAACCGGGCAUGGUACCAUGGGUAAUGGUUGCCAAGGACAACCAGGAGCUUAAAGACUGGGUGAAGGCGUUGACGGUGGCAGCGUCAGGAGGAAAAUACACCAUGACUCAUGAGAGUGCCCCCCUUACUCCUGAAGGCUGGCGCACUGGAACCGGGGGGUGCAGCAUGCUUGCAAUAAGCGAAGAAGAAGGGACUGAGGAGGCUCACAAGGAAGACGCUACUAAUUUGACUUUUGCACCUGUCUUGGAGGAGGACGAAGAGAAGGAUGAAGGAGAGCUAGACAACAAAUAUGGUGAUGAGAAAAUCAAAGAAACAGAGGAACAGGAUAACAAAGGAGUUGACAAACCACCACCAACUCUAAACCUUACGACAUCCUCAGAAAGUCAUGAGAAAUUCGGAGAGGAUAUGUACGAAGCAAUCGAGAGCGAGGAACUUGAAGAUGAUGGGUUUGCCACGGACGAGUUCGAGAGCGAAUCUUCGGACAACGACAGCCAGACGUCUAGUUCCAAGACUUCGCUGAGGACGCAACGCAAGACGAAAAAGAAGUCCCAUCUAUUGAAGUGGUUAAAGAAGAAGACGAAGGCCAAGAAUCAGUUGUUCUCGAGUCCACAGGAUGGAGUAGCGCUAGCAGGGUAUGUACAUCAACUUGAUGGGAAUGCUCUCAGCAAGCGGUGGUGUGUGAUACGUGAAGGGAAGUUGUACUGCUAUAAGAACAUUAAGGACGAGGCCACCGAGCUCACUCUGGAGCUGGACGGUGCAGACAUACGCGCGAGGGAGGAGGACAAGAAUAAGUUUAUCAUUCGAGUGAUCAAAGACAACGAGCGCUUGAUAGCCCUCGCCGCAAAGAACACUCGUGACAUGGAGAAGUGGAGAACAGCGCUACGUAUCGAGUCUGGGUUUAUCAAGUUGACAAUGCCUGGAGAUACCAGUUCGGGAAUUUACGACGACGAUGACGCGGAUUACGUGACACCCUUGGCGCCUGUGGGACUUCAGAGAGUUAGCAACGGUCACGCAAGGACUAUCACAGGGACAGAGGAAGUAGAAACCGUUGGCGACAAGGAGGACCUUUAUGAGGAGGCAUCUUACUUAGAAAUCAUUUACACGAAGAAAGAAACAACAGAACAAUCUAUUGAUGAUCAAGGAAGUUUUGGCCAACUUCCGAGUAUUCCCUCAGACCCCAUCUCUCCAGAGAUGGAAUCGUUAGGACCUCUCCCAGAUAUACCUCAAGAGCAUUUGCAUUCCCGAAGGUCGCCGAUUCCACCGCAGGUUGAUGUUAACGAGAACGAGAGCGACAGCGAAGAGUUCGAAGAAAUUUAUGAAGAGGUGCCAGAACAACUACAUAGUACGGUGUCACCGGAGAAAUCCAAGAUGGAAGAUGUUGAGAGCCAGGAGAAAGUCUCAGGUCACGUGCCCUCUGGAAUUGAGAGCGGAGCUAUACAGGACGAAGCGUUCACCGCGACGUCAUGCAAAGACAAAAAUAGCCUGCCUCAUUUGGCCCGGCUCAACAAUCGGGAUGGUGCGUGGUGCGCGCUUGAGUGUGACCGGAACCAAUACCUCCAGGUAGACCUAGGCGAGGUUACCAAAGUAUGUGGCGUGGCUACUCAGGGUAGGCCAUCGUUCAGGGAGGAAGGAGGCUGGUUCGUGAAAACGUUCACACUCUCAUACAGUAAGGAUAAAGAGACUUGGAAGAGUUAUAAAGAGUACGGUAUAGCAAAGGCAUUCCAGGGUAACACCGAUCCUGAGGGUGUAGUGAAAAAUAUGUUUAAAGUUGCUGUCAAUGCGCGAUAUAUCCGCAUUCGACCACAAACCUGGCACAACCAUAUCGCCCUGAGAAUGGAGAUCUACAAAGGAGAGACAGGUUCUAAAUUGACCGCUGGGAUCCACAGAAUUGCCGACUCCAUCACUAAAGCAGGCAAAAAUAUGAUGCGUCCCUCCUCACCGAACUCCCAAGCCCCGACCACUACAUCUCCUACUUCUCCAACGCCUCUCUUGCCGCCUUCUGCUCCGCCAAUUCAACCAGUGGCGUGUCCAACGUCUCCAACGAUUGCUUCGCCUACUAAGCUAAAGAGGGAGCUUCCACAUCCACCCGCGUCCCCGCGCAAGGGCAGAGCCGUGAGUUUCGACGAGUCCAAAUCUGCCAUCCAGAAACCACCACUCGCGAGAAAAGUAUCGUUUGACGAGAAAGUCAAGGUAAUCAACGAGCUUUUGCCUCCGUUAUUAAAACCGGAAGUACUAGUCACGGAGACGGACGAAGGGCUGCCUCCCUCCCCGGACAAAGAGCACAAACCAGAAAUGGCGAAACCGGAAAAGAAGGCGAGUGAGGAAAGUGAGCCCGUCACGAAUGGCGAAGUGGUCCAUCAACCGACAAGUAAAGACGUGCGGAGUCUACCAACUCGCGCACUUAAGCAAACCUGGAUCAAAUCCAGCGACACAUACUCCGAGAAACAACCGAUCUUUGGCAACGUGAUAGGAGAUCCAGUAAUAGACCAAGAUAAAGAGCGCGAGAUGCUGCGAAAGAAAGAAGAGGAAUUCCUCCAGAUGGCGAAAGAGCUCAAGAAGGAAGGCUCAGCUGCAGUGAGGGGCAAGCGCGGCUCCAUCGUAGCGAAAAAUAGGAUCACUUUCGAGAACAGGAACGAUGGAAACCAGAACAGGUUUCUGGCAAAAAGCCAGGAGCUUCUAAAAGAGAAAAAUGAUCUUGUUAAAGCCAUGGAAUAUCAAAAACGCCGCGUUAACGUCGCCAAAGACCGCAAGAUCUUCUUUAGUCUGACCACGAACUGUAACACUGCCGCCGCUGACGCCGAGACGGAGUUCCACGAGUCUCAAUUGGAACUUGCGCGCGCUAAAAAGCGGAUAGCAGAGAUCGACGAGGAACUCAAGACUAUAAAGCUUCUCGACCUGAAAAACCAGACCGUUGUUUUGCCAAUGCAGUACAGUCCCAGGACGACAAGAAAGGCCGCGGUACAAGCCGACGGCGAGGAGCAUGGAGCAAGUAAUACUUCGGAGUCGAGAGUAAUGAGCCCGCGACUCCAAAAGGGGAGUGUGCUGUCGCAGAUAAAGGCAUUUGAACAGCUCGGCGGGAAAAAGUAAUUGAAGUGAAGCGGUGUCUGGUUAUAACAAUGUUCCAGGCAACCAAGCAAGGGGCAGCAUGCAGCGACAGUCGACCUGUAGUCGGCCGGUACUCAGAGACCGAGAAAAGGCAGCUUUUAUAGAAAGAAAGUUCGGCCGGUACUUGGAUACCCGAGAAAAUGCCGCGUUUAUAGCGGGAGUCGAAGGGUACACGGAUACCCGAAAAUAAUUUGAUUCUGUAGUUUGAGAAUACAAACAAGGGGAAACAGGAUAAAGUCAGGCAUACAUCUAGUACUAAUAAUAAAACUACAACAACAAUAAAAUAGUCUUUGUGUAAAUAACAGCGAAUUUGAUUUUCGCACGAACUCAUUAGCUAUCAAAUGUCAUUCCCCAAAUAAUUCCAAAUCUGACAUAUGCAGUGUAAACGUCGCCAAGAGAAAUAAUAAAAACAACAACAAGUUUA